AUGACAUAUUUUAGUAAGAGACGAAAUUAUAGAGUCAAAGAUCCUCUUUCGCACGCGCUCCCUCCUCCUCCUGAAACCCUCCUCCCUUCCUCUCACAGAGCCUCAACUGGUGGACCCCACCCCUCUCCCUCCCAAACUCGCCUCCGGCAGCCUCCUCUAUCACCAAAAUUGGCGCUCCCCUCUCCCUCCUCCAACUCGCUCUCCCCCGUCGGUUUAUACAACCGUGCCUCCUCCGACCCCCUCGACCCUCAUGUGCUCUUCAACCUCUUCGAUGACUGCAUGGCCUCGCACCGGUGGACCGAGGUCAAGUGCCUCUUCCAGACCUGGGUCCGCGCCCUCAACAAGAAUGGCAAACCCAACAGCCCCAACGUCAACCUCUUCAACCACUACCUUCGUGCCAACCUUAUGCUUGACGCCUCCGCCACCAACCUCCUCGACCUCGUUGCGCAGAUGGAUGAGUUCUGUGUCCAGCACAACACGACGUCGUUUAACCUCGUUUUCUCAAAGCCAUGUGCCAGGCCAACGAAAUCAUCGCCGCUGAUAAAUUACUCGUUGAAAUGGAAUAAUGGAGUUCUUUAG